UUAAGACAUGUGAUACUUUACAGAGGAGGGAUGUAUUGAAACAGACUACUGCUACUUACAGCACCAGCACCGUAUAGCAGCCCUGCUCCUACAUUUUGCUGCCUUACUCUGCCCUGACUGCACAGGACUGGGGAUGGUCCGUCAUUAACUGUAAACUGAUUCUCAUCAGGAUCACUUCAAAGGUCUCAUCAGACAGAGGUGACGCCAGGAGAUGAUUUAAAGGUGAAAAUGACAAGGUUUCUACCCCUCAAACCUUGGCUCCUUUUCUGACAAUACAGUCUGAAUGAACCCGAUGUCUUCUUUACAGUGGAAAUAGCAUUGGAAGAGAAAAACAUAUUUUUUAAUCCUGAUAAGAAGAUUAUUGGGAAGAUCUUUAAAAAAAAAAAAAAAAAAAAAAAACCUCCAAUUGUGCACAGAUGGAUUUUAGAAAGUGUUAGAGCUUUCCAAUGAACACUAAUAGAGUACUCUGCUCUUGGCUGGAUUUUUCAGAGAAUGGCAAUGGUCUCUGCGAUGUCCUGGGUCCUGUAUUUGUGGAUAAGUGCUUGUGCCCUGCUCCUCUGCCAUGGAUCCCUUCAGCACACUUUCCAGCAGCACCACCUGCACAGACCAGGAGGGACAUGUGAAGUGAUCGCUGCGCACAGAUGUUGUAAUAAGAAUCGCAUUGAGGAGCGGUCACAAACAGUCAAGUGUUCCUGUCUACCUGGAAAAGUAGCUGGCACAACAAGAAACAGACCUUCCUGUGUCGAUGCUUCCAUAGUGAUUGGCAAAUGGUGGUGUGAGAUGGAGCCUUGUCUAGAAGGAGAAGAGUGUAAGACAUUACCUGAUAAUUCCGGAUGGAUGUGCGCUACAGGCAAUAAAAUCAAGACCACAAGAAUCCACCCAAGAACCUAAUGGAAGCAUUUGUUAUAGAAGCAAAGGAAAACCACCUCUGCGGAAAACACAUUUUAAGAAUUUAAAACAUCUUAUACGUUACAAGCCAAAUGGAUUUCUUAUUUGCACUUUGACUGGUUAACAGAUAAUCACAGUGCUUUUACUGUGUGUCACGAAGUAUUCUAUAGUGAGAAGACCCCACGCUUUUGGCAACACCAUGGGAAGUGGGUUUAAAAAAAAAAAGGGUUUUCUCAAUGAAAAUUUUUGGGAUUACGAAGAACGAUCAACUAUCUUCUAAUUUGGAUCUAUAGUUCCUUUGUACCAUUUUAAAUAUAUGUAUAUAUAUAAUAUUUUGAAAUAUUAUAUAUUCUCUUCAAGAAAUGAACAAUACCACAGUUUGAGACGGCUGGUGUACCUCUUUGAGUUUGGAUAUUUUGUUUUGUUUUGUCGCAAUUUCUUUUUUGAUUGGCAAGGAAGAAGACAUGUGCCCUUUUGAAAUUUCAGCAUGGUACUCACAGUGGAAGGCCAGCUACAGGUGGACUCCUGGAAUCUGAGGCAUCAUAACAAUACUGAAUUGAGAGCUUCCUUCUGUUUCUACCAGAUGGCCCAAGGAAGCACAUUGUCCUGUUUUAUUGCUUUCUACCCUGUGCAAUAUUAGCAUGCAAGCUUGGCUUACAUAACCAUACUUUAUAUUCAAUUGAUAUAUAAUAACCAUUCUAACCUCUUCCAGGAAAGUAUUUUUAGAACUACUAGCUUUUCCACAGAUAAGACAAUGAGGAUUCUUGAGGAAGCUACUCCACCAUGCUAUUAAGACUCUGGCAAAAUUAUGGUAGAAUAUGGAUCCCUGUAUUAAUAAGUUCUGUAAAUACGAUGUCUUAAGGCUUUGUAUAGCUGUCCUAGACUGCAGAAAUGUCCUCCGAUUAAAUCCAAAGUCUGGCGUCAUUAAGUACAUAGUGCUGUAGCAACAAGUCUUAUCAUGGCACCUCUUUCUAUGUUUGAUUUGCUUUUUCCAAGAGGAUUCAGAUCUCUUCUGGUGAGACAGGAAGACCAUUAAAGCAAUUAAAUUCCAGAAUGAUCUAUGUGACCAAAUGCUGGACAGCCCUAUUAAAGUGGUAAAUAACUUCUUUCUAAAA